GACUUGCAUUACUAAGUAUAGCAUUUUUAGAUAUAAUUUACUCCUAGCUAGCUAGAAAUGGAAAUGAAAUACCUAACCCUAAUGGUGACAGUGAUGGCGGCCAUGGCUAUAUUUGAAGGGAAAUUUAGUAUGGCCAAUCUGAUGGAGGUGAAAUGUAUAGAAGUUUGCAUGAACGAAUGCAAGAAAACUGGUAUAGCCACUGCUGCCUGUCUCAAAUUCUGUCCACUUCACUGUGUUCCACCUACGCCUCCUCCUGAAGUCCGCUACUGCAAUCUCCGAUGCAUUCUUCAACAUUGUGUUGACUACAAGAAUGAUGAAGAGAAACUGGAGGGCUGUGUCUCCAACUGCCGGAAGAAUGAUCAUUGCUAAAUUACUAAUUCUAUAAUGAUACAUUUUACCCACACAAUAAAUGCCGCAUAAUUCUAGUCCUCGCUCUAUUUCUGUUUAUUUUUCUUUUAAAUAGUGAGUUUCAGCUUUCAGUUCUGUCUUAAAGAAUUUGGAUCAGAUGAUGCAGACGUUAUCUA